AUGCAAAUCUCUACACUCUUUUCAACCGCCGCUACCAUGGCUGUUUUUAUGCCGAAUACAGUCCUCGCAGGUGGCAAAAACGGCCUGAAGGAUUGCCAAGUCUCCCUUACAGCAACUAGUGAAGCUAGGCGAUCGUUCUGGGAUACCCAAUAUGCGGAUUACAACGACGAUGUGGAGAUUUCUGCAGGGCGACACAAGUUUGUUAUUCAUGUGGAACAGGAUUGCGGCGGAAGCAAGGUCUCUGGAACUAUACCCCCGCAUCACCUUGUCAUAUUAAGUCCCAUGUCUGGUGGAGGCCGUCGUACUAUUAUCAACUCGGCCGGUGAAGUAAGGCUGGCUGCAACAUGA